AGCCGUUGUGUCGAACAGUUUGCCAGCGAUUGUCGUGUGAAAAGGACGUGCUAACGGGAAAAAUUCGGUAACGCUAAUACGUCGUACGUUUUACGCUCGGUCGCGUCGUGCAGUUUUCUAAUAGCAUACACUGCUGGUGCUGCUACUUUCAGCUACAACCAAGUGCAAAUGAAAAGCCAAUUGGAUUUUAUGUGUUUGAAAUUUUCGAAAAAGAAAAUAAAUUUAUGAAAUAAUAAAAUCGUUUUGUGUUUUGUGAAAAAGUGUGCUUUGCGUUAAUACAUCAAGUAACAAAAAGAGAUUUUAUGAAGCCAUUGCGGCAAUAAUCUUUAAUGUACCGAAAGUUACAAAAAAAACUGCAAUGAAAUAUUAUUGAAGUCAUAAAUACUAAACAAAAAGUGUAAUUUCUGAAAAUUAUUUGACAGGAAGAUAAAAAAAUUGGCGUGGAAAAGCGUUAAAAUAAAAAUUUGUCAGACAAAAAAGUCAAAUAAUAUCAAUAAUAAAUCAAUAUCAAAUAAGUUAAACAACAAAAAAGAAAUUGUUGAAAAUUAAAAAAAGAAUGUGGAAAAAAUUGUUGAAAGGUACAGAACAAAGUGCUUGAAAAAACGCCUACAAGUAUGCAAUGUAAAUUCAAACAAAAAUACAAGCGUUAGCACUAUUGCUCUAAAGUGUACAUGUGUGUGAGUAUCGUAUUUUAAAACAGAAAAAGGCUAACUCAAACUGUCUGUUGUAAGUGAAAACUAAUAAUAAUAACAGCAAAGCCGGAAUGCAAACAUAAUAAGCAUAACAAAAAAAGUGGAAAAAAGAAAUACUGUGAAAAGCAAACAACAAAAGUAGGCCGUCAAGCGGUAAAUAAAAUAAAAGUGAGAUAUUAAAAAUUAUAAGCAAAAAAAGCUCUUGUAAGCAAAUGCUGCAAAUAAAUGCCAAUACAGCACAAAGUAAAUAAAAUAAAAUAAUAAAGAAAAAAAUUCUUUAAAAAUUCCACAGUGCUUGAAAGUGGAAAGGAAUGUAAAAAGCAAAAAAGAACGGCAAAUUAAUUAAAACGACGUGUGCAUGCAAGAAAUAAUCGGAAAAGCAAAUACACUUCGAGCAAAUAGACGCGAGAAAAAGUGAAACUCCCAGCUCCACUCCACUCUACUCCACAACAACUCAACUCCACCCAACGCAACUACUCAAUUAUAACAGCAGGCACCACUAAGCGUCUGCAAAGCUAAAAGAUAAACAAGAACUACACACAAUACUGCUGCAGCACACUGCACCUACUGCUCCGUCGUUUCCACCCCCGCAAUACACGCACUAGACGCAAGUCAAUGCACAAUGGUAGACAAGCGCAGCGCCUGAAAGUGCACUCGAAGUCUACACAACUGCAACGCUGAAGCUCCACUCCGCACUCCAGCUGCAGCAGUCAUUUAUUAAAAGAAAAAAAUUAUAAAAAAAAUCGUUGCAUACUUUUCUGCUUGCACUAUUUAACUGCUCUCCAGCCACAUCGCUUGGCAGCGCCACGCGUGAAAGGGAAUAAAACGCGCAACGAUAAUUUCAGCAAAAGUCUCUACCCACUCAAGCAUUUAAAUUUCCACCGCCAACCACGUAACACAACCUUCUAGCGAAAAGUGUACAAAAGAGGUGCCAAAACCCAAACAAACAAAAAAAUAUUAUUGUUAAAAUAACUUUCUUGGAAGUUCAAGAGUAUAAUAAUAAAGCUCACUUGCUUUAAACUCCAUUCGAAGCUAAGUGACAACUUGUAAAGCUUCGAAGCAAUCUAAUAGGCUACAACAAUAAAUUGCCGUUUGGAAGUGAUGAAGUCAUGAGACCGACAUUCGAUCGACGCCUCUGGAUAUUACUGUACAUUUUACUAAUACAAUGCAUUGCCAUUACAAAUCAGCAAAACAUCAUCAAAUCACAGAAUUUCCACCUACAACAACAGCAGCCGCGCUACAGCGACGCAGACGCACGACGAGACAGUCAAACUGUCGGCGCGUCUGCGUCAGCGUCGGCAGCGGCUACAAGUCACAGCAUAUCAACAGCACAACGCGUGACAAGCAGCGAAAACGUUGCGUGGAAUACGAUAGAUGACAAUAAGCUGUCCGCGUCACAGCUAGCUGUCGACGAACAGCAACAGCAACAACAAACAAAACAAAAAUGUGCCAAAUUUAAUUGUGCAGCCGCCACAAAGACACAUGUGGGCGCACAAUACUACGCCUCUACUUUUUCCUCUUCAAACACUGCUCACUCACUUGCGGGCGCAGCGCUCAGCAGUCAAGCAACAAAAUCAAAUUACUACAAUUAUAAUAACCAAAAACUAGAAGAAGAACAACAACAACAGCAGCCAUCCCAAUUGCCCACGCGGCGCGUGCGUUUUGAAGCGACAGAAGAAGCGCCUGCGCGGCGGAGAGGUGUAGAACUCUCGGCGCUAGAAAUUCCGGCCAUCCAGCAAGCGGAGCGCCAUGAGAGAAGCAAUAAUAAUAAGAAGCAGGCGGCGCAUGCGCAAUGGUCGAAGUUACUGCAGUCAAAGCCGAAAGAGCACCAAAAAGUGCACGUCGCACACAAAAGUCAACACAAGGAGGUGAAGCGGCACCGCGCGGCGGCUGGCGGUGAGUUUUGGCGAGCGCAUGAGAGUGCGCAGAAACUACGCUGGGCACAUGAGACCAGCGCUGUCAUUAAGCGACGCCUACGACGCUCCACCGAUGCCAUAAUAUUGUUGCCAGCGUUCAAUUUUGAUGCCGACGAGCCGGCAGAGAGUAUAAGUGAAGAAGUGCUGGACGAUGAACGCGUGCAUUUGGCGCGUCGGUCCGUUAGUGAGAGCAGCAGCGAAAGCGCCGGUGCUGCAACAGCGAGCGCCACAACACAAGUUGAAGCGGGAACGCAUGACGCCACUUCUUCAGCCUCCACCGAUGUCGCUGUGUCUACGUCAGCUGCAGUAAUUUCAUCCGCUUCGGCGCUCACCACAUCCUCACUUGAGGACUUUAGUUUCUCCUCGCCCGUUGCUGAAACGCAACGCAGCGCCAUCUAUCGCAACGCAACAAACUCGGAACAGCAUACCGCCUCAGCUGCCGUUAAACCCAUUCAAUAUGUGGCGCUCAAGUCGAAGCGCGCACGCUCUGCUGUGAGUGUUAGUGUGCCCGUCGAAGUGCUACGUAAACCGAAGGAACCGAUUAUCAUUAUCGAUGAUGUCGAGGAAUUUGAUAGCGGCAACGAUCGUGAACACGACCUUACUGCUAUAGCUACUGUGGAUGAUAAAAGUGAGGAUUACUCACACGAUGAGCCCAUUGAGCCGCGUAUGUUGCCAUUACGUCCAGUAUUGCCUAAUCCAUAUGAGGAUGAGGAAAUGUCUGUUGUUUAUGCGGAACAGCAUUCCGAGAUACGGCUGAUGUGCGAGGUGGACUUGGAUAUAUCAUCCAGCACGUGGUACAAAAAUGGACAGGUGGUACAUGCCAUAGAUCGCACCUCACGCGCCACCGAUUAUCGUUUCAUUAAGGAGCCAAAUGGUGCGCUCACCAUCACAAAUGUAAUGCUCGAGGACGAUGGCAAGUGGCAAUGCGAAGCGGAGAAUACGCGCCGGUACACGGAGAAUGCGAGACCCGUUAAAUUGGUGGUAUUAGAUCGCCCGAAGCCACCGUAUCUGCUGAUCGAUUCGCGGCGCCUAGAUGCAGGCAAUAUUUUUGUGCCGGUCAAAGAGAAUUCCGAAUUGAAUUUGGCCUGUGUGAGCGAAGGUGGCAAUCCGAAACCGACGCUCACAUGGGAGGUGCUACUCAGCCCUGGUGUGGAUCGGCAUGCGCAGAAAGUAUCCGCUGAGGUGUUGGAACUCGAGGAGGUGAAGAAUGAUAAGGAUAAAAACGCAUACAAAAUCAAUAGCGGCGCGAAAAGUGAAGCCCGCUUGCCGGCUGUCUAUCGUGCCCAUCACAAUGCCCGCAUUCUGUGCGUUAUGGAGCAUCCGACAUUGAAGAUACGCCAAAAUGCAUCACUGCUGCUCGAUGUGCAAUAUACACCUUCAUUCGCCAUUUCACGCACUCCCGGUUUCGGCUAUCCGCUACGCGAAGGCAUUGAAGUUUCGCUGAAAUGCGAUGUUGACUCAAAUCCGCCGAGCACACCGCGUUGGCAAAAGGACGAUGGCGAUACGCCGGUUCCACAAACCGGCGAUGGUUUCCUGAACUUCACAUCGAUACGUCACGAACACUCUGGCUGGUAUAAAUGCACGUCACGACAUUUGAACUUUCAAUAUUCAUCGAUUGGCUAUUAUUUGAGUGUGCGAUAUGAUUCCGUUGACGUCACCUCCGAGCCGGAUGAUCAGGAUAUCUCAGUGGCAGCGGCAUCACAUAAUCCCAAUAAGGGCCAGCUGGAGGUGCAAUUAGGUGGCGCAGUGACGCUGCAGUGUCCGCAAGGUUCCUUAGGCUGCUGGUCGCAUUUAGAUCCGGUAACCGCACGCUUACGUGGCUUAGGUCACGGUCUAACCACACCCACCGGUCAAUUUUCACUCAAAGAUGUUGUCUAUCACGAUGCAGGCACCUACAAGUGCAUCGGGCAAUCGCCAACGAAUAAAAAGAAGCUGGAGGUACUCCAGACGGUGGGCGUAACAGUGAAAGGCUCUCCCACUGUUGUUGCACGCAAUUCCACGCCCGUCGCCUACCCCGGCUCCCCACUGCAUUUAGCCGUCGAGUUCUGUGCCAAUCCGCCGGCGCAUGCGGCGCGCUGGCUACACGGCGAUCGUGUCUACACGCCCGGCAAUCAAUAUGGCAGCACUGUGCUGGCCUAUGGCGUAACGGACCUGCCCACACCGUAUUGCAAGGAGGCGCGUCUCACCUACGUUAGCAUGCACGAGCGUGUGCCGCGCACCUUCUACUUCAUUGUAUCCUCGCCCGGCGGCGUGGCCGAGGCGACAUUCAAGGUGAACUUCACCAUGCGUUAUCGCGCCGUCUCCAAUGCGGUAGACGAUGAAGAGGAGGAGCUGAGCGAACCUGAGGAAAUACACUUUCCGGUAUUCGGCGCGGGUGCGGCGGCGCGUAGUGCGCGUCGGCAUUAUGAAGGCGCAGGCGCUGUAGCUUGUGUGCUAGCGGCGCUCGUGCUGUUGCUGAGCGAUAUGCGUGUGCAUAGUAGGCGUGGCUGGAGUUAGGUGUGUUAAGAAAUUAAUUUUUUGUUCUCAAAAUUUUUUCGAAAGUUAUUUUCGAAAUAUUUUUUCGAUUUUUUUCGAAUUUUUUUUGUUUUUAAUCUCUACUUAAUGCAACUUCAAAACUAGCUUGUAAUGUCAACCGUAUGUCAAAAGAGAAAGUAUUGGCGAAUACUAUAAAACCAAAUUACUAAACUUAAAACUAAACUAUAUAUAUUUAUAUAUAUAUAUAUAUAUAUGACUAUGCUAAAAUAUCCUAAAUCUAACUAAAUAAGCGUAUAUUUGAGCAGUAAAUACAAAGAAAAAUUAUUCUUAAAAAUUUCCGAAAAUGAAUAUGUGUGCUAUCCUAUCCUAAACUAAAUUAUAUUGUAUACAUACAUACCCCAACUAUACUUAAGUACUCGUACAUAUAUACUAGCAUUGAACUAUGUAGCUCAAAACCAAAAGAAAAGGCAAAAAUGCAUAUUACUUAAUCCCCUUCCGCUAGCAAAGUGUAACUACUUUAGUAACUACUUACACCCUAAGCACUUGCUAACUACAUUAUACAUACACUAACAUUAAGUGACUAGUUUUCUAAGGUUGCCACGUUUCUAGGUUCUUAGGUUCUUAGGCUACCAAACUAACUAUGUAUCAACCUACAAAUGUACUUACUACUAACUAAUAUAUACUCUAUUAGUAGACUAGCGCUUUGCUGUUGUGCAAAUAGCUUACUGCACGCCUAAAAGCGUGCUAAGCGUUGUGUUUAUUGCAAUGUAUGUACAUUUAUGAGUUGCUUACAGUGAAAAGCCGUUAUAAAAUAACGCUUUGCCUAUUAGUUUUUACAAUUUUUGGUUUUAAUUUCAUGAUAUUUAGCUUUUAUACACUUUCUAAGCAUAGUUUUAGGCUGCAGUUUAACGUGUAUAAGUAGUUCGUUACUGUCAAGAAGCUCCCAAGCUCUCGCAGGAGGCUCUAGUAUAACAAUUUUGCUGCCAAAUUAAACUAAGUAGUGUAGAAAUUAUUUUAUUAAUAUUUUUAUGGAACUUUUUCAGUUUUUAUAUGAGGAGAAAAUUUUAAAAUAAAAUCAGAAAUGCUCAAUUCAACCAAAAUUUCUCUAAAAAAA